CACCCGACCGUUCGACGCCGGCAACCCGGCCGGCCCCAGCCCAGCGGCCAAGCCCGGCUUGCACUCGACGCUAUCCCCUGCCGCGUUGUUGGGCAGCUCGUGGUGCCCGGCGCCCGGCGAGGAGGAGGGCCGGAGCCCGGGGGAAGGCGCCGGUGCGCCGCCCAAGUCCUGCAGGGCCGGGGCGGGCGUGGCGGGUGCCGCGGCCGAGAGCGAGGUUCCGGACUGGGAGCUCGCCCACGCCGAGGCGUUCGAUUUCUGGCACCCCGCGGCGCAGGGCGCGGCCGCGAAGCAGGGCACCUUCUUCUUCAACGUCUGGACGGACGCCUGA